AUGAUUCUUCUGAACCCAGCUCUGCCCCUGCCCUCUCCCUACCCCCUUCCCAGGUUGUGGGUCUUAAAAGGAGACUUUAAUCAGUGCCCACCCCCAAAUCCCAGAGGAGCAGGGAGACCCGCCUUGUCCCACUGUCACCUUCAGAAAUCUGAGAAGCCCACGUCCACCUCCCGCUCCUGGUCUCCCUUCCGGUGCCUGCAGAGAGGGGCAGUCCUUCCCCUCGGUGCUGGCUUUAGUCACAUGCCUCAAAAGACAUGGAACCCAGGCUGCCAACAGUCCCAAGUGCUCAUUUUCUUUUUCUUUUCUUUCAUUUUGCUUUCUGAAAGCAGUUGUUAUACUGUUCAUAACAUUGUAUAG